UCCCCUCCCCUCCCCUCCCCGAUCACGUUAACACGUUGGGGCUCGGACUUUGGCAGACCGACCCCGUACCGGGAGUCCUUCCAAAGUGACCCGCGGCCGCCAUAUCAUCACGGUGGCGGCGCACGGCCGCAGGAUCCGGCGUCGCGCGCACACCCGGGCUCGUGCUGUGCCAAGUGGAGCGUGCGCGUUUCUCUCUCCCCCCCCCCCCCCCGCAGUCACAAAGUCACUUUGGAGGAACGGGGCCCCGCUGCACAGCAACGUUUAGCUCAAAGAUUUAACCAUGGCUGAGGACAUUAAGACCAAACUGGAGAAUUACCGCACAGCUCCUUUUGACGCCAGAUUCCCAAACCAGAACCAGACCAAGAACUGCUGGUCCAACUACUUGGACUAUCACCGCUGUCAGAAAGCGCUGGACGCCAAAGGAGUCGACACCGCGCCCUGCGAAUGGUACAGGAGGGUCUACAAAUCACUUUGCCCUUUAUCCUGGAUCCAGAAAUGGGACGACCAGCGAGAGGAGGGCACUUUUCCGGGGAAGAUCUGAAGCUGCCGGUCUCCACCGUUAAAAGUCCGUAUAAGUGGUAGGAAUCCAAAGGCGUUUCUCUACUACCUUCCAACUACCGCCACUGUGGAACAGGAGCAUCGGAGUACUGGACGGUCCUUCCUUGAGAGACAUGGAAUUGUAUAGCACUUACUGCAUUAAAAUGUCUCAGGCAAUAUUAUGGAGACACUGUGUCACUUGUCUUUAUUGUAUUUCCUCCAUUAAACAGUAGCUGAUUAUUCCUGUCA